AUGGCUGCACCUCCUGCCCGCCAGUGGGGCGUGACUCCCCCGAUUUCAACAGUUCUUCCUACGCAGGAUGAGUUGAGUGCUAACGAUGAUCUCAUCGCGGAGCUCAAAGCGCAGAACAACUUCGAGCCACCGUCGGAGACGGAGCGGAGAAAACAAAUGCUGCAGCUCCUUCAGCGCGUCACAUUGGAAUUCGUCAAGACUGUCAGUCGCAAGAAGGGACUAUCGCCGGCGGCUGUCGAUGCUUCUGGUGGAAAGAUCUUUGCCUACGGCAGUUACCGACUUGGUGUUUAUGGCCCAGGAUCCGAUAUCGAUACCCUCGUCGUCGCGCCGAAGCACGUCGUCAUUGAGGAUUUCUUCGCUGAUUUCCCCCCAUCUUGGAAAAAAUACGCCUUCGUCCCCAUCAUUAAGCUCGAGCUGGCUGGGAUCAGCAUUGAUCUGAUCUUCGGUCGCCUAGUGAUCCCUUCGGUGCCGAUGAACCUCGACCUGAAGAACAAUGACUACCUGCGAGGCUUGGAUGAAAAGGAAGUGCGAUCGCUAAAUGGAACUCGUGUCACAGAUGAGAUUCUCGAACUUGUGCCCCAGCAAAAAACUUUCCGUCUGGCUUUGCGCGCAAUCAAACUCUGGGCCCAACGCCGAGCAAUCUACGCUAAUAUUGUCGGUUUUCCUGGAGGUGUCGCGUGGGCGAUGUUGGUUGCUCGAGUCUGUCAAUUAUACCCGCAAGCGACCGGUUCAGUUAUCGUGGGCAAAUUCUUCAGGAUCAUGAACAAGUGGGCAUGGCCACAGCCUGUUUUGCUUAAGCCAAUCGAGGAUGGACCUCUUCAGAUGAAAGUCUGGAAUCCAAAGAUCUACCCUGGCGACCGUUGGCAUCUUAUGCCCAUCAUCACCCCUGCAUAUCCCUCAAUGUGCGCGACCCACAACAUCUCUAUGUCAACGAAGACUGUACUCCUCCGAGAGCUUCAACGCGGAGGCGACAUAGUGGACAAGAUUUUCCUGAAGCAACAAACUUGGAAUGAUCUAUUCACCCGCCACUCGUUCUUCACAAACGACUACAAAUACUAUCUCAGCAUCACCGCCUCGAGCAAGACAAAAGAGGCCGAAGGAGUUUGGUCUGGUCUUGUCGAAUCCAAAUUGCGGCAUCUCGUCAUUGCUCUCGACCGGAAAAACAUCAUCGCCGUGGCACACCCUUUCCCCAAGGGAUUCGAAAGAAUACACUCUGUCCCUAAUGAGCAGGCGAUGGAAGCCGUCAAGAAUGGAUCGACUCAAUAUGUAGCCAAGGGAACGUCAACUGAAAUGACUGAUGAGACCAAGGAUGCUGCUCAUGAAGCCGCAGCGCAAAAUGGAGUGGAGAAUGUGAAGGUCCCAGAAAUCCCAGAGCAGAAGGCCGAAAGCGAUAGUAAGACCGUCUACACCACUACUUACUACAUUGGCUUGGAGUUGAAGCCACUGGAGCCUGGUGCCUCCCGAUCGCUGGAUAUUUCACUCGACUCCCAGCAUUUCAAGUCCAUGUGCACAUCCUGGCCUGCGUACCAGCCUGAAGUUAUGGACCUCGCCGUCACCCACGUUCGCAACUUCGAUUUGCCCGAGGACGUGUUCCAACCCGGCGAAACCCGUCCUGCGCGCCCGAAGAAGAAGGUGAUCAAGAAGACUGAUGCAGCCGGUCAGGGUCAAAAGCGAAGAAUCGACGAGCUGAACGAUUCGACUCAAGGAAACGCGAAGCGCCAAGUCACCCCAAACACCAUGUCUAGCACCGCGACGCCUGCGUGA